UGGAGUAAAUUAGAACAACGGGUCAUACGGGUUAGGGUUUUAGAACACAAGAUAAACCACGGGUUAACACUCAGCAUCAACACUGAUUGUCUGAUUCCUUGAAGAACAUCAUCGACCUUGAAGAACAUCAUCGACCUUGAAGAACAUCAUCGACGAAGAUUGCAUCAAGUUUUCCCAAUCAAACCAAUAACUCUUUAUCAUCUUUCCAAGAUCCUGUUCCAAACCCACCCAUCAGAUCUUUGAUUUUCAUCGGCAAUCACUUCAAAACAGUCCGAUUAAGAAGAAAUUUCACCUUCUGGCGAAAAUUGCAGGUAAUCGUUGAGUUUAUAAGCACUUUGACUUCCGAUUUAUACGAUGUAAGGGGUGGGGGAUUUCAAAGAAACAUAACACCAAACCGAUAUGCCUAGAAGGUGUUCGACGAAUUGUCUCAACGGACGACGUGUUUCUUCUCAGCUUAGCUUGUGCUGAGAUGGUUGAAAACCUUAAAGCAGUUUCGAAAUCUGUUUCUAGACUGAGUAAACGGUGCGAAGACGCGAACUUGCGCUGCUUCGAGAUGUUGUUUGAUGGUUUUGCGAAUACGGGUCGUGAUCCGCAUAAUUGGGUUGUGAGCUGGAAAGAAAUGGAGGCCCGGAAUAAGAAGAUGGAGAGAUAUGUUUGUACAACUGUUGCACUUCAUCGCGAGAUCGAUGAAUUAACUGUUAUCGAAAACAGUUUGAAGAAAUAUUCGCAGUGCGAUUUGCAUAAAAAAGAUUACGUUUCGAAGCAACAGAAGAUUCUUGAUUUGCAGCAAAAGCUCCAGUGGCAGAAACAAGAGAUCAAGUAUCUAAAAGAGAAGUCGUUAUGGAACAGAAGUUUCGAUACAGUUACAUCGUUGCUUGUAAAAUCGAUCUUUACGAUUCUCGCAAGAAUCAAACUCGUGUUCAAUAUUAACCACGGGUACCCGCCUUCGCUCCACCGAAGCCUUUCGGCUUCCGCCACUAUUUACCCGUCGGAUCAGGCCCCGAGUUCUUUCACCUUUGUAUCCGGACCAUUGGCGAAAAGCACGAAACAUACAGAAAACAACCACCUCGCACACGGGUUUUUCAACACGAAUUCGGAGAUUUUAAAACCGUCGUCAACCACUUUAGGCGCGGCUGCUCUCGCUCUACAUUACGCCAAUUUAAUCAUUGUGACGGAGAAGAUGAUACGAUCGCCUCAACUAGUUGGUGUCGAUGCGCGGGAUGAUAUCUACUCGAUGUUACCGAACAGCAUUCGAUCUUCGUUAAGGUGUCGGUUGAAAGGGAUCGGGUUUACAGCGAGUGAUCCGGUUUUUGCGGGGGAGUGGCGAGCGGCGUUGGGGAAGAUAUUAGUGCGGUUCGGUUAUUGUCGGUGAAAGAUAGUGGCUUACUAAAACUGAACCGAAAUAGUUGGUUUUCAAAGAAACAUAACACCAAACCGCCAGUUAUUGAUUCGGUUAGAUUAUAUUAGUAAAGUCGGUUACAAGCUGGUUAAUUCAGUUCUAUGCUCAGAUCUAAAUUAUCAGAUCACGAGCAUUAUCCCUUUCCACGCGAACACCGCGGCCGAGUCACAUGCGAUGGCAGCGGCUGCGUGGUCCUGCGUGGAGAAAAUAUUGCAGGAGCACCAUCUGACUUCUGCGCCUAAGGCGGUUAGUGUUUCGAUUAAGACACCGGUUUGGAUUGUCAUGUGGAGUGAACCGGUGAUCCUCGCACCCUUGAAUGGUUGCGAGGGUCCGAAUUCGGUCUUACAUGACAUCAAACCGGGCAUUUCGCUUCUAGUUUCUCCCGUUUCGUUUCAGGAAGGAAAAAAAAACUGACCCGAUCCAACCCGAAACCCGUUCUGACCCGGACCCGACCCGACCCGAAACCCGUUCUGACCCGGACCCGUUUCGACCCGAACCCGUUUCGACCCGAACCAAAUCAACCCUUUUUUAUAAUUGACCCGUUUUGACCCGAACCCGUUUUGACCCGAACCCGUUUUGACCCAUGACCCGACCCGACCCGACCCGUUUGCCAGGUCUACCAAAUAGGCUCUCUCACCUACCAAACUAAUCUUUUGAAUUGAGUUAUCUUGUUUGAUUUUAUAUACCAAAUGGACUUUCUAAUCUAGUAUAUUUAAUUAGAUCAUCCAUAGCCUAGUUGUCUAGUGAUUGUUCAUUAAAAAAAUGAUGUUAGUUCAAAGAGUUACAUGUGUUGAUUGUUGGGUUAGGUGUAAAAAGUUGUAAUUUAGGAAUAGGACUUGAAGAAACAGUUACCUACAAAAGAAAGAAAGUUGAGAAUAAGAAUAACAAUGCCGGGAUAUUUAUAUUUGUGGUGACUAAGGUUUUCUUCUUAAAGAUAAUGUUGAAAUAUACCUAUGUAUAAGGGAUAUGCCACCAGAAUUAAGUGAAAAAAUCUAUCUUCAGUUGGAGAUAUGUUAGUUGAUGAA